AUGAGUUGUAAUUCGAGUGUUUAAAAGAUAUACAACCGGGUUAUUUUCACCUCAGUAACGUUUUGGGUCAUCUCACGAAAACAACAGUUUUAUUUUCAAUAAACUGUGAAAAUUAAAUAUUGUUAUGAAGCGGGUGUUUACCGUACCAGAAAGAACACAUGGCCCAGGACCAGUGUAUUUCACAUGGCAGAAAUCUGGAGGAAAUUUUCUAGUGACUACUGGGUAUGAUCAUACCGUGAAUAUUCAUGAUCGUCAUGGAGAUAGCAGGGAUCACAUCACAUUGGCAGGAAUGUGCUCUGGAAUGGACUGGGAUAAAGAUGGAGACAUACUCGCAGUUAUUAGUCAAAAUUCACCUCUACUUAUCCUGUGGGAUUCAACCACACACAAAGUAACCCAGAUUGACACAGGACUGAGAGACGUUCUCACCGUACUCUUGUGGUCAAAAAGCUCUCCCAUACUUGCUAUCGGAACCUCUAAAGGAAAUCUUCUCAUUUAUAACCACAGAACAUCAAGGAAAGUUCCAAUUCUUGGUAAGCACAGUAAGCGUAUUACAUAUGGAGCUUGGAGUCAGCAGAAUUACCUAGCCCUUGUGGGAGAUGAUAAAGUUUUGACAGUUAGCAACCAAGACGGAGAUACGGUGUGUGAGAGCAGUUUAAAAGCUGAAGCCUCGUUAGUUCAGUUUUCCUCCAUGAAGCAAGAUGAUAGAACUUCAGGAGAUAACACCGUCAGCCUUGUUCUUCAGAAGAAAACAUUGUUUUUGUUGAAUAUCAAUGAUGCAGAAAAUCCUGUUGUUUUAGCAUUCCAGGAGAAAUAUGGGGCCAUCAUAGAAUACAAAUGGUAUGGAGAUGGAUACAUCUUAUUAGGAUUCUCUCAGGGAUUUUUUGUUGUGAUAUCUACUCAUCUCAAAGAAAUAGGUCAGGAACUGCUUCAGAUGAAGUGCCACAAGGAAAGACUGGUUCACCUGUCUGCUUGUUUACCCCAGAAUAAAGUAGCUUCAUGUGGAGAUAACACAAUUAAAAUCCAUGAUUUGAAUGACCUGAAAGAAGUUCAGUCUGUAAUAACUGUUGAUGAAGAAAGAGGUCUUGAGUGGUUGGACUGGACAGAUGAUGGACAGCUUCUGGCAGUAUCAGGGUCUGGAGGAAGUGUUCACGUAUAUCUUACAAAACUACCUGUUCUCGGCGACAGUUACGGAACUCGCCUUGCAUACUUAACUUCAUUGUUAGAAGUGUCAAUAACCAACGCUGUUGAACAGGCAAGUAGUUUUCAAUCUUUUGUUAUUUCAUUUGAUAUUGUCAAUGAAUGA